GCACGCUUGUAGUUGGUCGCAGUUGUGUUUUCAAACCGUCAGCUAAACGUUGUUAACGCGCCAGAGUUCGGUAAAGCAACCGCGUCCCCGUUCCAUAUCGUUGUAGUCUUAGCAAAACAAACGACUUGUUCCAAGUGCUUUUUGCGAAGUAUCUCGCUGUUUACGUGUGUGCCUGUGUGUGUGUGUGCGUAUUCCCUUAUCGUGGCGCAAUACAUAUUAAAUCGAUUAGAAUCUAUCUAUCAUCCACCGCUCCCCCUCGUUCAAACAAACAACUAUUCCAAAGUGUACGUAUACAGUCUUUGCAGAUGCUUAAAAAAAUCUCGAUACAAAAGUGAACCAGAAUCAAGUGAAUUAAAAGAAAGUCAACACACAAACCAAAUCACUUUGAAGACCCGGAAAAUGUCAUAGAUGGGUAUUAGGUAAAGUGUGAGAAUAGUAAAUUCAAUUCAAACUGUAGGUCAAAUAAUCAAAGCGGCGUCAUCGGCGAUCAAUCACAACGACAGUGGAAGACUAUGUCAACUUCAAGUAUGUGGGGGGAUGUUUGAGUAAAAAAAGCAACAACCUCCACUGAGAGUAGGUUGACAGAAGUCGUGACAAUCGGAUCAAAUCAUUUUUCGGAACUCCAUUCGUAAUUCUGCUGAUCGUAGCUUCACUUUUAACGAAUUCAAGUUACAGCCACUUCCAUCUUUCUCCACCAGUGGCCUCAAUAUACAGCCUGCACACGCACGUGUUUAAGGGAGUGCAGCUGCCGCAAAAUAAAAGCAAACGUAAAUAAGAACACGCAACAGCAAUGGAGCCAAAUGAUGCUAUGGAUACAAAUUUCCAACCGGAAAGUGGACAACAGGACAGUGCAAUUUUAAAAGAUAUUUUGCAGAUAUUAGAGAACAAUGGCACAGGAACCUUCGAGACGCCAAGUGCAAUGGAUACCCAGCCAAUGGCCAGCCCAGGAUCCAGAUCUUCAUCAUCUGCGUCGUCUUCGCCCACGUAUACCAGUCUCUCACAAAGAUCACCCCAGGCCAAUGUAAUUGAGGGUAAUCCUUACAUACGAAUCGUUGAACAGCCACACCCUAAAGGCCUCCGCUUCCGUUACAUAUGUGAGGGGCGUUCAGCUGGAUCCCUUCCAGGCAUUAACUCGACACCGGAGAAUAAAACCUAUCCCACAAUUGAAAUUGUUGGCUAUACAGGGAAUGUGAAAAUUAUAGUCUCAUGUGUGACAGCCGAUGAACCCUACCGACCACAUCCCCACAACUUGGUUGGAAAAGAGGGCUGUGAACAUGGAGUGUGUACCAUGCGACUGAAAGGAGCUCCCAUGCGUGCCGUUUUUAGCAAUUUAGGCAUACAGUGUGUGAAAAAGAAAGAUAUUAAGGCCGCGCUUGAGGAGCGAGAAAGAAUUAACAUUGACCCAUUUAAAACCAAAUUUGCCCACAAAGAUCAACCAUCCACAAUUGACUUGAAUAUCGUGCGUCUUUGCUUUCAAGCCUUUAUACCCAUAGGACCACGCCAGUACUACAAACUCAAGCCAGUGGUUACUGAACCCAUUUACGACAAAAAAUCGAUAAACGACUUGGUCAUCUGCCGCCUAUGUAGUUGUUCGGCAAAAGCCAGUGGGGGAGAUACAAUAUUCUUGCUGUGCGAAAAACUACCCAAAGAUGAUAUCAAAAUUCGCUUCUACGAGGAGAAGGACAAUAAAGUGAUCUGGGAAGACUAUGGCGAGUUUCAGCAGACCGAUAUACACAAACAGACGGCGAUUGCCUUUAAGACGCCGCGAUACCACAACACCGAUAUUGUGAAAAGAGCACAGGUCUUCAUUCAAUUGGUCCGCUUUUCCGCCGAAACAACAGGCAAUGCUUCAGGGACAACAUUCAGUCAAGUCAGCGAUCCCCUGCCCUUUGAGUUUUAUCCCGACCCAGAUCAAUUCAAACGUAAACGUCUCAGAUCGGGAGGUAACCCAAUGCGAAUAAUACAGGAAUUACAACAAAUCGACCAGACACAUAUUAGUACCAAUAACAAUACCAACACGAGUAAUAUUUCGAACACCAUGUGGAAUAUACCUCCAUCUUCGUCGUCACCGUCUGCCUCAACAGUUCCAGAAAUAAAAAAUGAGCCAUUUUUGUCUCCAAAUUAUUGUGCGCCCUAUAGAACACCGUAUCAGAUGUCACCAUCACCACAGCCCACGUCCCCAAUGAAUCGUAACAGCACUACUCCGUCACCAGGUCUAAUGAAGACGUCCAGCGCUGAAAGCCAAUCACAGAUGUGCAAUGCCUUCAACCAAAUCCAAAUGAAUUUUAAUUUUACCAGCACAAACAACAAUCCAUUCUUGGAUACGAACAGUAGUUUUAAGAAUUCAAAUCAACUGCACCCAACAGCUACAUUGCCAUCGAAUCCCUUCUUCAAUCCCACUAGUGGUGGCAGCAUAACACCACUCUAUCCGAACGACUGCAACGGCAAUCUCUCAAACUCAUCACAAUUCCACAGCAUCAAUAUAGCCGCCACUAACCCCAUCAACUGUACGGGAACAACAGCAGCAGCGGUACCUGCAGCCAAUAUGGUUGAUAAUCAAUUCCAGUACCAGUACCAGCAUCAACAACUUCUAAUACCGGGACAGACCUAUGCACAACCGGAUGAUGCAAACGAAGCAGCCGUUACGCUCAAUGCUCUGUUGCAAAUCGAUAGCGAUAACUUUGUCAACAUCAAUUCGGAAGAACUGCGCCUUUCGAAUUUGUCCAUCUCAACCUAAGGGACAUGUACGCAAAUACGAGACAACCAUCUCAGAAACUUUCCCAAAGCAUAUCAGAAUCAAAACAAUACGAAGCAAUUGAAUUCAAUGUCAAUACAUUUCAGGAGCGCAAUGCAUGUAGUUGGCAAAGAGUUUAAGGAAAAUGAAUCUCAAUUUUGUUGAUAUUUUUAAUGUACGAAAAUCAAGUUUAAGUUAGAUCUAAGAUUAAAAUUGGCUUAACAUCCGCCCUUCCCAUCCCCUUUAGAAAUUAAGAUAUAACAUUGAAAGCAGAUUCGAUGUUUGCUUCUGCUAACAGAAGUAAGAAAUAUGUAAAUAAAUCGUUGUAUUGUUACUAUUUUUUGUUAAGAAUUAUUAAAUAAAGUUAAAGCUUAAAAGUCAAUAUUAAUCAUA